GCCGUGUCCCGCAUUGUUUGGAUCAGCUGUGCGUGGAUCAUCUGAAACCCCACCCAAUGAGGAAGACGAUCCGUGAGCAGCAGACCCGAGCCGCAGCCGAACCCCAGCCGAACCCGCACCAUGAUCGCGCUCUUCAACAAGCUGCUGGACUGGUUCAAGGCCCUGUUCUGGAAGGAGGAGAUGGAGCUCACGCUGGUCGGACUGCAGUACUCGGGGAAAACCACUUUCGUCAACGUGAUUGCGUCGGGGCAGUUCAGCGAAGACAUGAUCCCUACGGUCGGCUUCAACAUGCGCAAGAUCACCAAGGGGAACGUCACCAUCAAGUUGUGGGACAUCGGCGGCCAGCCGCGCUUCAGGAGCAUGUGGGAGCGGUACUGCCGCGGCGUCAGCGCUAUAGUGUACAUGGUAGACGCGGCCGAUCCCGAGAAGAUCGAGGCGUCCAAGAACGAACUGCACAACCUGUUGGACAAGCCUCAGCUGCAGGGCAUCCCGGUUCUGGUUCUGGGAAAUAAGCGAGAUCUUUCCGGAGCUCUGGACGAGAAGGAGCUCAUCGAGAGAAUGAACCUGUCGGCCAUCCAGGACAGAGAGAUCUGCUGUUACUCCAUCUCCUGUAAGGAGAAGGACAACAUCGACAUCACACUACAGUGGCUGAUCCAGCACUCACGGACCCGGCGGAGCUGAGGAGGCGGAGCUUGCAUCUGAUUGGAGGAACCGCAUCAUGUGAUCAACUGUAUUUUAGGCGCUCUUGAUUUAAUUCUAAACAAACAAGCAUCCGCCCCUCCUUAUAAACUAAUUCACAUCAUUUACAUUGUUUAUUUUAGUUUUUACUUGAAUGUGCUUUUUUAACGGUUCAUCAUGAAGUCCGGACGUGUCACAUGACACGUUUCGUUUGUGCGCGCCGCUCUGCGUGUUUUUUGCUCGGGGACUUGAUCAAACCUUAACCGACGCCCACACCAUCUGGUCACGUGAUCCACGGAGGUCCAGUUUACGCCGCCAUCUUGUUUAAACGUCGUGAGAACGUUCACUGGGAGAAUUCUCCAAUUUUCACUGUUUUAGCAUCAUUAGCCUGUUAGCGUGACCUGCUACGAAUGUGACAUCGUCGUAAAAGUGACGUAAGCGGCUUUGUUGACAUUAACAGUCAUUUACGAAGUCAACUUUUAGUCAUUCAACAAAGUUGUGCGUUUGCGACUUUAUUGUUUUGGAGUUGAUGUAGCGAAGUUGACUUUGACAGAGUCCUUUACGAAGUCGUUCACACGAAUGUGACAUCAUACGUACAGCUGUGACAUCAUCUAGGUUUGCGCUAAUUGUGUAACGUUACGAAAUCUGUCGUUUUAUCGGAAAGCACACAAAUCCGUCUGAAGAGUUUUAACGUGUCCGGAUGAAGGUUUUAUACGUUUCUUCCGUGACGACAGCGUUGUGUCAAAGACAUCGGUGGGUUGUCAUGGCAACUGCGUUUCCAUUGCGUCGAGUUUUAGGAAAGACCCGCAGAUCAUUGCGCAAAUAAAAUCAGCGGAGAUGUGACGAAUAUUGUGCAGCUGGCGUCCAACGCUGUUCAUAUUGGGAGGUUUUUCUCGCUUUAUUUCGUUCCGUUUUUUGUCGCAUGCUUGGACGUUUUUGGCCUAAAUCGUAGGGGUUUAUAAACGUGUCGGUAGAUUAUACAUAUGUAAAUUUACACAUUUUUUCAUUGUUUUGGGUUGUUUUUGCCAUAUUUUUACUCAUGUUUUUUCACAGUGUUUUUCAACUGGAUUAUGUAAAUAGCAACUUAAACCAAAUGAGAUCUCCCGGUGUUUGUCCUGUUGUGAUUAGCUUCCUGAGAUAAUAAUCAUAAUAAUAAAGAAGACCCCUCUCAUAUUCA